GGUCAGUCCGGGUCCCAGUUCAGUUCACUCCGUCCUCAAAUAUUAUUACUACUGUCUGUGAUCACAUUCAGGUUUAAAAGCGGGGCGAAGGUGACACGCUUAAAUUGGGAAAGAAUUUGAUAUAAUGCCAGCCAGCUAGAUAGCGAGGUUACAUUAAUUGCCUAGUGUCGGAAUAUAUUGUCGAACAGAAGAUAACCAGAGGUAAAAUGAUUGCAACUGACUGGCUGUCAAACCCAACUAAUUAGGUUCUGUCACUAUGACUUUCGGUACCCGGCUUCUGUGUCUCUCACGAUCUUUGGUGCACCAAGCUCGCUGGCAACAGGUGCCAAGAUGUCACCUGUGCACCAAACCGGCGGGGUCACGCUACAAAGCCGUUGUUUUCGACAUGGGAGGUGUGCUACUACCUUCACCCUACCACAAGGCAGCUGAAUGGGAGCAGCAGAACGGCGUUCCGAAGGGAACGAUCGGCCAGGCCAUCAGAACGGGUGGCGAAGGGAACGCCUGGAGGAAGUUCAUGCGCGGAGAGCUGGGAGCAGAAGAGUUUGUGGAGGCUUUCAGUGAGGAGUGCUCACAGAUAGCAGGCUCCCCGGUGUCGGCAGGUUCCUUCCUCCAGGCCCUGACGACGGGCCCCAUGGCGCGGCCCCGCCCGGCCCUGAUGCAGGCGGUGCAGUGUGUGCGGGCCGAGGGCCUGAAGACCGCCGUGCUCAGUAACAACUUCUUCCUGCAGGGCGGCGCCACCUUCCUCCCCCUCGACCGCUCCGCCUUCGACGUGAUAGUGGAGUCGUGUCUGGAGGGCGUGUGCAAGCCUGACGCCCGGAUUUACCAUCUUUGUGUGGACCGGCUGGGGGUGUCCCCACAAGCCACCGUGUUCCUGGACGAUAUCGGGGGCAACCUUAAAGCCGCAGCCCAACUGGGCAUGCACACCAUUAAAGUUGGGGACCCCGCGGUAGCUCUGAAGGAACUGGAAGGCGUUUUGGGGUUCCCCCUCUCCGGGUUCGUACCCGGGACCCGAUCGGUGAGAGCAACGAUGCAGCUUCCUGUGGACCAGCUCAGCCAAUACCUGCACAGGGUGCUACACCUGCCUGAUACAGAGCCAAUCAGAAUCCGGCAGUUCAGCCAUGGCCAGUCAAACCCCACGUACCUCCUGACCAUCGGGGGGCGCCGGAGGGUGGUCCUGAGGAAGAAACCCCCUGGAGCUCUGCUGCCCUCCGCCCACGCUGUGGAGAGGGAGUUCAGGGUUCUGAAAGCUCUGGGCAGUGCAGGGGUACCUGUGCCUGAGGUCAUCCAUCUCUGUGAGGAUCCCAGCGUUAUCGGGACGCCGUUUUACCUGAUGGAGUACCGGGCGGGACGGGUGUUUCUGGACCCCUCUCUGCCGGGCCUGACCCCGGAGCAGCGCCGGGGCGUGUACGAGGCCAUGACCGCUGUCCUCUGCCAAAUCCACCGCGCUGACAUCACCGCCCUGGGCCUGCAGGACUACGGCAAGCCAGGUGAGUACGUGGCGCGGCAGGUGCACAGGUGGACCCGUCAGUACCGGGCGAGCGAGACGCGCUCUAUCCCCGCCAUGGAGCGGCUGAUCCACUGGUUCCCCCAGCACCUCCCCCAGACCCAGAGAACCGCCAUAGUGCACGGAGACUUCAGGCUGGAUAACCUGGUGUUCCAUGCUGACAAGCCGGAGGUGGUGGCCGUGCUGGACUGGGAGCUCUCCACCCUGGGGGAUCCUCUCUGUGACCUGGCAACCAGCUGCCUCGCUCACUUCCUGCCUCCUGACUUCCCCAUCCUGCGAGGCAUCUGUGUCCCGGGCCUGUCCAGUCUGGGGAUCCCCAGUGCGGAGGAGGUGUUUGGGCAGUACAGCCGCGCGAUGGGACUGCCGGAUACCGCCAACUGGCAGCUCUACAUGGCCUUCUCCUUCUUCCGAGUGGCGGCCAUUUUACAGGGCGUGUACAAACGCUCGCUCACAGGACAGGCGAGCUCUUCCAGUGCAGAGAGUGCAGGCCAGCUUGCUGAGCAGAUGGCGGACCUGGCCUGGGACUUCGCCACCAAGGAGGGGUUCCGCGUCUUUAAGGCCAUGCCUGGCGGGGCCGGGGCGGGGCAGGGCGGGGGCCCGGGGCCCCCCCAGAGCCGGGGCCUCUCUACCUGGGCUCGGUGUGGUCCGAGCAGGCCGACAGGGGCCCGUCCCUUUUCCUCCGUCCCCCCCUCCCCGCCCCCCCUCUCGGAGGGGGCCCUGAUCGUCUCCCCGGCCGGGCUGCCCCCCCGGGUCCAGAACCUGCACCUCCUGCUGGAGCGCUUCCUGCAGGACCACCUCCUCCCCCAGGAGCAGCUGCUGCGGGACCACCAGGCCUCCUCCCGCUGCUGGAGCCCCCACCCCCUCAUCGAGGAGCUCAAGGAGAAGGCUCGGCAGCAGGGUCUGUGGAACCUCUUCAUCCCCGUGGAAACGGACCCCGACUGCAGGUUUGGGGCGGGGCUGACCAACCUGGAGUACGCCCACUUGUGUGAGGUCAUGGGUCGCUCUGUGUAUGCUCCUGAGGUGUUUAACUGCUCCGCUCCGGACACAGGGAACAUGGAGGUGCUGAUCCGUUAUGGGUCGCCACAGCAACAGGAGGAGUGGCUCCACCCCCUGCUGGACGGAACCAUCCGGUCCUGUUUCGCCAUGACUGAGCCCAAGGUGGCCUCUUCAGACGCAACCAACAUCGAGGCCUCCAUCCGAUUGGAGGACGACUCUUACAUCAUCAACGGACACAAGUGGUGGACAUCCGGAGCGCUGGACCCCCGCUGUAAGCUGUGCGUGUUCAUGGGGAAAACGGACCCCUCCGCCCCCCGUCACCGGCAGCAGUCAAUGAUCCUGGUCGCCAUGGAUACGCCGGGGGUGAAGGUCAUCCGGCCGCUGUCCGUUUACGGGGCAGAGGACCCCCCCGGGGGUCACGCGGAGCUGCUGUUCGAGGACGUGCGCGUGCCGCGCCACAGCCUGCUCCUGGGCCCCGGGCGCGGGUUCGAGAUCGCUCAGGGCCGGCUGGGCCCCGGACGCAUCCACCACUGCAUGAGGCUGGUGGGCCAGGCUGAGAGGGCCCUGGAGCUGAUGAAGGACAGGGUGAAAUCACGGGUGGCUUUCGGGAAACCCCUGGUGGAGCAGGGCACCAUCCUGGCUGACAUUGCCCGCUCACGGAUAGAGAUCGAACAGGCCCGACUGCUGGUGCUGAAGACUGCUCACCUCAUGGACACUGUGGGGAACAAGGUGGCAGCGCCAGAGAUCGCCAUGAUCAAAGUUGUGUGCCCAAGUAUGGCUCUGAGAGUCAUCGACCGAGCCAUCCAGGCGUUUGGGGCAGCAGGCCUGAGCAACGACUUCCCCCUGGCAGCGUUCUACAGCUGGGCCCGAGCACUGAGGCUCGCCGACGGUCCGGACGAGGUCCACCGUGCCGCCGUGGCCAAAAUGGAGCUCCGCCGAUGAUCUCCACCCACCGGCCGUUCCACCAUCAGUCUCCUUCACUCACUGAGGAAAGACAGUGCUAAAAAACUACAACAGGCUAAAACUGCUGCAGGCUAAAACUACUGCAAGCUAAAAAAUACAACAGGCUAAAAACUACUGCAGGGUAAAACUACUGCAGGCUAAAAACUACUGCAGGCUAAAAACUACAACAGGCUAAAAAUACUGCAAGCUAAAAAAUACAACAGGCUAAAAACUACAACAGGCUAAAAACUACAGCAGGCUAAAACUACUCCAGGCUAAAAACUACUGCAGGCUAAAAAUUAUGCAGGCAAAAAACUACUGGCUAAAAACUACAACCGACUUCAGUCCAAGAACCUCCAGCCGAUGUGUGAUGUCAUCACAGUAUCCAAGAAGCACUCCCAUCAGGCCUGGGCCGGAUUACUUAUCAAAUCCAGAAACAGGAAAAUCUGCGCUGUCAACAUGAGAAACACGCAGGUGCGUAGGGCUAACAAUACAGGACAAAGGAGAGAAUGCUAUUGUUUGCAAUGUGCGCUGUUGGCAUUCUCUCCUUUGCCAGAUUAGUUAUUACAAAUGCCCUUUAGACUUCCAGUACCAUUUCCUUGCAUAAUUUGUUCAAUUGCUGUUCUCUGUGAUUCGUAACUGAAUUCUUCUCACGUGUAUGUUUUUGGUUUGUGAGAGUUUUGCUGAAAAUAAUCAGGGUUCUGCAGGAGUGCUUCCGCCUAUGAAGAACCAAGUAUUUCAAGUGCCUGUUUGGCCCAGGUCUGAUUUCUACCACAUUUGUCCCGUUGGUUAUAUUUUUAAUAAGUGUAACUGAGACACUGUCAGCCGCACACCAUCUGCACACCGUGGUGCUGCCCAAGAAGUAGCAGCUUCGGAGGCUACACGCUUGGGUCUAUUCAGGGCUAGCGUCAAACUCUGUCUUCAUUAUUGCUUUUUUGUUUAGUCAUAACCUCUGCUGGUUAAUCAUCAAUAAGAGUGUGAGACUAAAAAUACACCUUAGAAAGCACAUAGGGGAAUUAUGUAUCACCAGAAAAAUCAUUUUCUGUCUGUAUAUAUUUUGUAAUAUAAUAUAUUUUCCCAAUGCAAAUAAAUGUAAAGUAAAUCUGAAGAUGUAUAAAUAAACACUGUAAAUCUG